AAAAAGAAAUCGUUAUGACCGAUGAAAUGGAUGGUUGUAAGCUAAGCUUCGAGUCGUCUCUCUCCAGUAUUCAUUAACCAAUUCGCUGAGUCAUUUCCCGAGUUCUGAAGCGAUGCCCGAGUCGAACAACCCGCCGCCGCCACCCACCCCGGCCGGCCAUCGGGACAGAUCAGGAUUCUCGGCGACGGCGGCUCUCAAAAUCGCGGUGGUGGCUCUGGUCGCCGCAGCUAUAGUUGCAUACCAACUCGACUCGUUCGACCCGGCCGCUAUUCCGGGUGACGAGUUGACUCGGGGGGUGGCGGCGGUGGGGGAAUGUAACGGGGGGAUGCUGCGAGGGGCAGAGUACCUGGGGCUGGGGAAGCUGUCGGCGGCGGAGGACAUGGCUUAUGACUCGGGAGCUGGACUCGUUUACACGGGGGAUGCGGAUGGGUGGGUCAAGCGAGUCAGAUUGAAUGACUCGUCGGUCGAAAACUGGGCGUUUACCGGCGGCAGACCCCUCGGAAUCGCUCUCGGACCCGGCGGCGAUAUUUUUGUCGCCGACGCUUAUAAGGGGGUACUAAAGGUGAGCGCAGAAGGAGUGGUGGAGGCGUUGACGACGGAAGCCGACGGCGUGAAAUUCGGGCUGACGGACGGCAUCGACGUGGCAGAAGACGGCGCCGUUUACUUCACGGACGCUUCCUCAAAAUACGGAUUCCACAAUUUCAUAUACGAUCUUCUGGAGGGGAGGCCGCUGGGCCGAUUAAUGAGAUACGAUCCAAACACUGAACUAACUGAAAUCCUGGCCGCACAUCUCUAUUUCGCCAAUGGCGUCGCCCUCGAUCCUACUCGCCAAUUCCUCGUCUUCUGCGAAACUCCCCUGAGAAGAUGCAGAAAAUAUUACAUAGCCGGCGAUCGAAAAGGAAGCGUAGAGAAAUUCAUAGAAAACUUACCAGGAACGCCGGAUAACAUCAGAUACGACGGAGAAGGCCAUUACUGGAUCGGACUGUCCACGGAGAUGACGGAUUCGUGGUACCUUGCGCUGAGAUUUCCGGCGAUUAGAAAGGUAUUGGCGAUGAUGGAGAAGAAGGGGCGGCGGCCGAAAAUGGAGAAGAACGGCGGUGUUGUGGCGGUGAAUCUGGAAGGGAAGGCGGUGGCGUGGUAUUAUGAUUACAAAUUGUCGCUGGUAACCACCGGAAUGAAGAUCGGGAAUCAUCUGUACUGCGGAUCCUUGGCGUUUCCCGGCAUCCUCCGACUCGAUUUGGACCAAUAUCCUGCUCGCUCCGCCGCUUGUCCACGCUCCAAUUCUGACCUCUAAUAAUUAAACAACCAUUUCUAUUUUCCACGUGUCCAUGUUAUUAUUAACGAAUAUUUCUAUAAAUCAAAAUAUUUAUCUUAGUUUUUUUUUUAUGUUCUUGUGUAUGAGAUAGAUAGGAUGAAGAUUCCAACUCGGGCUCAAAAGGCUCAUUUAUUUAGGCCCAACCGAGUUCGAACCAAUAACUUUCUUUAUAUGCAGUCAAAUGUUGUACCA